AUGCCUCCCGGUGAACUUGCUGACACCAAGGCCUUUGUGGCUGCACAGACACGUACUGGCCGUCAACGUCUCGUGUCAGGCGAGAACGACGAGAACAGCUCGACGCGUCUUACGCGAGCCAAGGCCGCCGCUCUCAACGUGGACGAGCUCGCCAUGCCGACAAAGAGUGCUUUGCAGCCGAAAAAGUCGACGGCCAAUCUUGGCCACGCUGGUGUCCAACGGAAACGUGCUGCACUCGGCGAUGUCAGCAACGUCAAUAAGUCGGAGGCUGCUGAAGGCAGGAAGGCGGGUGGUAAGCCUGGGCUCGUCUCCAAGGCUUCCCAUCCCACUGGUAUUCAGAAGAGCACGACUCGCACCGCCACCGCCCGCAGCACCGUCGGCGUCAAGGAAUUGGGCAAGCCCGAACCCAGACGCGGUGGCUCAGGAGCCAUAGGUGCUGGACCGAAGCGCAAGGUCGCGUCCAUCGGCAACAAAGACCAAGAAGACAGUGUUACCGGAGAGCCCCAGCCUCUCAGGAAAAAGGCGCACACUCACAAAUCGGCGGACCUAGUCCGUGAUGAGAACCACGCACCCGCCGCCCAGAUAAAACACCAAAUCGUGGAUGAGGAAGACAAGGUGGCUCCGCCCGCGGGCAUCAGGGUGAUUGAGGAGGAUGACUGGGAUGACCCUCUCAUGGUUGCUGAAUAUGCCACGGAGAUUUUUGAAUAUCUGCGCGAUCUUGAAUGCCGCUCUAUCCCCAACCCCGACUACAUGUCCCACCAAGACGAUCUUGAAUGGAAGACGCGUGGUAUCCUCAUUGACUGGCUCAUUGAAGUCCAUACGAGAUUCCACUUGCUACCAGAAACUCUUUUCCUUGCCGUCAAUAUUAUUGAUCGCUUCCUCUCGGCCAAGGUUGUUCAGCUUGACCGCCUUCAGCUUGUUGGCAUCACCGCCAUGUUCAUCGCGUCCAAGUACGAGGAGGUUUUGUCACCUCAUGUCGAAAAUUUCAAGCGCAUUACCGACAACGGUUUUAGUGAAGCCGAGAUUUUGUCCGCAGAGCGAUUCCUGCUCAGCACUCUCAACUAUGACCUGAGCUACCCCAAUCCCAUGAACUUCCUUCGCCGCGUGUCGAAGGCGGACAACUAUGACAUCCAGUCUCGCACAAUUGGGAAGUAUCUCAUAGAGAUUAGCCUCCUCGACCAUCGCUUCAUGUCAUUCCGGCCGAGUCACUGUGCCGCCGCUGCCAUGUACCUGGCUCGCAUGAUGCUGGACCGCGGUCCCUGGGAUGAGAUACUUGCUUACUACGCUGGGUACGACAAGCACGAGGUGCAGCCUCUGGUUGACCUGAUGGUUGACUACCUUGCCCGUCCCGUAGUUCACGAGGCAUUCUUCAAGAAGUAUGCCAGCAAAAAGUUCCUCAAGGCUUCCAUCCUCGCUCGCCAAUGGGCCAGGAAGAACGCGCCUCUGUUCGGCAUCACAAACACUGAGCUGUCUCUGGACCAGAUUUCAUCAUCAUGA